GCGGUUCUCGCGAGAUCUGCGUGCUCCGCCGUGCCUGUGGCUGUAGCGUGUGCUGAUGAGCUCUGCGGGCCGGUUGGGCCAAGAUGCACUCCGAUGAUAUUGUCUGGGACACUCUUGGCAACAAGCAGUUCUGCUCGUUCAAGAUCAGGACAAAAACACAGAGCUUUUGCCGGAAUGAGUUUAAUAUAACUGGCCUGUGCAACCGUUCCUCCUGUCCCUUGGCAAACAGCCAAUAUGCUACCAUCAAGGAAGAGAAAGGACAGUGUUACCUUUACAUGAAGACAAUUGAACGGGCUGCUUUUCCCAAUCGGCUAUGGGAAAGGGUCCGACUGAGCAAGAAUUACGAAAAAGCGCUGGAGGAGAUUGAUGAGAACCUCAUCUACUGGCCUCGCUUCAUCCGGCACAAAUGCAAGCAGCGCUUCACGAAGAUCACACAGUACCUGAUCAGAAUCCGCAAGCUGACGCUCAAGAGACAGAGGAAACUUGUUCCAUUAAGUAAAAAGGUCGAACGGAGAGAGAAAAGGCGAGAGGAAAAAGCUCUGAUUGCUGCUCAGCUUGACAACGCCAUUGAAAAGGAAUUGCUGGAGAGACUCAAGCAAGAGACGUAUGGCGAUAUAUACAACUUCCCCAUCCAUGCUUUCGACAAAGCUCUGCAAAAACAGGAUGCUGAGAGUGAGACCGACUCAGAUACAGAGAAGAAUGAAGAGGAGGAGGAGGAUGCCAACAAGAGGGAGUUUGUGGAGGUAGAUGAGAGCGAUCUCAGUGAUUUUGAGGAAAUGGAGAAACUGGGAACAAGCAGUGAAGAGGAAGCAGAGGCUACAUCCAGUGAGGAGGAGAUGGAAGAGAGAGGCAGUGAGCCCAAGUCAAAGGGUAAAGCUCCGCUGAAGGGGCCAGUCAGGAGGAAACGGCCCUACAUCGAAAUAGAAUACGAGCAAGAAACAGAAUUGCUGUCGAAAUCAAAAGCAACGUGAUUCCUCUUGAGGGGAGAAAGCCAAAUCAGAGAACUGUACGGGGUGAGGGUAUGCCACUGUCUCCUCCUCUCAAGAUCUUUUCCAACUCAAGAGGCUACCAAUAGACCUUUCACUUGGAACUAAAACUAGGGCUGCAGAGCUAAUGGGCACUAAAAUGGGGAUUUUGAAAUGUUAUUUUUAUACUUGUUUUCUGCAUUGAUGUCCCUUUAUUCCUAAGGAAGCAGCAUCUAAAUAAAACCAUAUCCGCCUCAUG